AUGGCUAGCGAGUUUACAGACAUUUCGGGGAACACACCUUUGAAGACUAAUGACAAGCAACCGAAGAAACGUAGUGGAUUAACCGGAAGAAUGAGGCUGCUACCACUUACCGAGACAUCUGCCCAGGGUGCUUAUGAAAUGUAUACGAGUAACAACAGUGGUAAUGCUAUGAAUGGAACUAAAAGUGGCCUCGUUACUCAAAAACUCAAGAAGAUCACGCACAAACGCGAACUCAUGGAGGCUGUACGCAAGGCCAGUACACCGAUAAUGUUGCCAGGACGAGACAGUGGUCUAUCAAGCUCAAACCGAAGUUUACACGAUGGAAAUGGAAGCAAUUCAACCUCAGACACCGAUUCAGGCCAGCGAGACAUUGAGUAUCUGGAAGACGGCGUGCACCAUAACGCUCGCAAAUUCAACGAGCUCAAACUUAUGGUAGAUCGGAGACAACGCGAGCUUCAUAAGCUUUUGGACGAGUUACGCGUUUUACAGCUUGAGAACGAAACUCUCAGCAAAAUUCAGAACCAGGAUACACCCGUGUCCAAGAAAAAUAAUCAGAUUAAGCAGCACAUUGCUCAGUGUACAGCCAGCAUGGAGGAGCAAAUGCAUUUGCGACGACAGCUCGAACACAUGAUUAGGCGUUUGCAAACUACUCAGUUGCGAGUUGACGCACAACUCACUGGUAUGGCCGCAGCCGUUGAUAGUAGCGAGCGUGAAGCCGAAGAGGUGAAGAUGCUCUGUAGACAGCUCGAGGUUGGUAAAAGUCGUGCUGUUCAAUUCUUGCAGGAGGUGCAAUUGCAAUUGCAAGUGGAGCGGAAGGCUCGAGCACGAGAACUUGGAGAUCACGAAGUUCGAGCAAGAAAUUCCCAAAAGAUGGAGACGUGGAGAUUGCAACGAGCUCAAGAGCGUGCGGAGAUGGUAGCUGAGAUGCGUGGAGACUUGUCCGCUGAGGAGGAAGCUCGCUUGUUGAAAUGCAUUGAGAACCGUGAACGGGAUAAGGAGGCAUUACAUGCUGCAAACUUGGUGAAAUCGCAAAAGAAUGCUGACUUUGAGGCCGUUUUAGCUGAGAUGAAGCUAGCAAUGGGGGCCUCUAAUUUACGUGAAGUGGUCGAGAAGAUUGGAGCUCAAGCAGCUACCAGUGUAUCGCUGGACAAGGAGAAAACACAAGCUGAAGAACGUCUGGUAGCAGUACGACAGGAGAAAGAGCAAGUCCUACGAGAACUGAACGAGCUCAAGGCAUCGGGUAUUGGGGGCAUCGAACUCAACCGUGAAGUGUAUAACACACUGGAGAGCGAGAUUCAACAGGCGAAGGCUACACUCAAAGUGAACAAAUCUGCCUACGGACGACUGGAUGGAGUCAUGUCAGCCGUUCGACAGGGAUCAUUCGGGUUGGCAAGACGACUCCAGGCUUUCGACGAUGUACUAGAAACUGGAACAGGAGAAAAUGCUGGUACUUCUACUGUGACCGGAAGUCCAGGAUCUGGGAUGAUCCCAACGAAUUCCAUGUUACAGUUGAUGUCGGGCGGUGAACACGCAGGAUAUUUGAUCACAGCUGAGCUCAAACUGACCAAAAUUCUGGAAAUUGUGGGCCAGUCGAGCUCGUCUGUGAACACUUUUGGUGGAUAUGAUGGUUCUGGUGUCGAUAACGGCAAUGCAGCUGAUGAAAACUCACUAGGUAACAACCCAGAAGACGGAGGUAACAACUCACACCUCGAACUGUUAGAAGACGGCCACACGAUGUGGUCACCAACUACAAAUAAUGAUCCACGUCUUCACGAAAAUAAUAUCCGAGUCCGUCCAUCAACGCGAGCUCUGCCUUCUGCCUCGUUAAUGGCUGCUCGGAUCGGUAUCACUCUUCCAGUUAGUGACGAUGAGCCCGAUUCGGCACGCUCCGAAGCUUCUGCGACCGGAUCGGAUAUUGGAGAACAGAUGAGCGUACUGGUACCGUCGCGUGAUAUUCUGAAAAUGAGCAGUUCUCGCCACUUUGCCGAAGUCAUGCGCAAGAAAGAGUUGGCCGAAAAGCAAAAAGUGGCAGCUGAAAAGGGUAUUUCCGAUGAGGAAAUGAUGGCCAAACUACGAAAACGCAACCAGCUCGAGACGGACGCUCGACUAGCUACGUCUCCAACACGUCACGGUCCAGAGCUUUUCUUCGCCAAAGCUGCUGCAGUAGCCAAGGACAACGAAGUGCCAGGCUCAAGUAUCAACCAAAGUCAACCUUUAGCUUUCGUCACACAAAUGCACUUUAAUGAUCUUUAAGUCAAAAAUUAAAAAUGAAAAAAAACACAAA